UCACUGGGGAGGUUCCCGGGGGAAGCCCCUCCCCGGGCCGGGGCGGGACUCUCCGGGCGGCGGGAGAAGCGGAGUCCCCGCCCCGGCUCCCUGCUUGCCAUGGCGGCCUCGCUGCUGCUGCUGGUCCCGGCCCUGGGCAGCUUCUUCUUCACCUUCGGCACCGGCGUGGAGCUGAUCCGCUUCGCCUCGCUGCGCGCCGUGCUGCCCGGCGGGGGGCGGCCGGAGGCCACCCCCAGUGUGGAGUGGGGGGCCGCCCUGCGGGACCCCAGGGUGCUGCGGCCCCUGGCCAUGGACUUGGGCCUGGUGGCCCUCUUCGUGCUGCAGCAUAGCCUCAUGGCCACCGCGCUGGUCAAGCGCUGGACCACCAGCUGCUUCGGGGUGCUGCAGAGAUCCUUCUACGUCUUCUGCACCGCCCUGGCCCUCCAGCUGCUGAUGCGCUACUGGCAACCCGUCCGGCAUGGCCCCCUGCUCUGGAACACCUACUCGGAGCCCUGGGACACCUGGGUCCCGCUCAUCUGCUUCAUCCUGCACUUCAUCGCCUGGUUGGUUAUCUUCAGCGUCAUCCUCAUCUUCGACUAUGCUGAGCUCAUGGGAGUCAAACAGGUUUAUUACCACUGCCUGGGCAUGGGGGACCCGUUGACGCUGAAGUCCGUGCGGGCCGUGCGGCUCUAUUCCCACCUUCGCCACCCCGUCUACCUGGAGUUCUUGCUGGUGCUGUGGGCCGUGCCCUGCCUGUCUCUGGAUCGCCUCCUGCUGGCUGGCCUCUUCACUGCCUACCUGAGCUGCGGGCACAGCCUGGACCAGCAGGACUAUCUCUACCUGCGUGCCCAGCUCGACAAGAAAUUCCUGGUCUUCUCCCGCGAGGAGGCGGCCUAUGGGGACCUGCUGGCCCGCAAUGGCCCUGCGGCUGGCAAGGAGAGCUGAGGGGCCAGGGCCUGAGUCUAAAACCCUGCACUAGUUACUGUAGGAUUAUCACUUCUGAGUGCCUAGCAUCUGCAGCAGCUUGCAAACCAACUCAGUCCCUGCUCUAACCACUAGGCUCCACUCCCUCCCAGAGACAGGCGGUAGAGCCCAGGAGUCCUGGCUCCCUGCUCUAACCAUUAGAUCCCAGUCUCCUCUCAUAGGGUUUUAAGUUCUAUUCCCAGUUCUGGGAUGGGAAUGGGGUCUAGUGGUUACAGCAGGGUGGGAGCUGAGAGUCAGGACUCCUGGGUUUGAGCCCCAGCUCUGGGAGGGGCAUGUGGUCUAGUGGGUUAGAACCGGGGAAGCUGGGAGUCAGGACUCCUGGGUUCUAUCCCCAGCUGUGGGACAGGAGUGGGGUCUACUGGGUUAGAACAGGGGAGGCUGGAAGUCAGGACUCCUGGGAUCUAUCCCCAGCUCUGAGAGGGAAGGGGAGUCUCAUAGUCAGAGGGCUGGGUUAGGGUUGGAGUCAGGACCCCUGGCUUUUACCCGGCUGCUUUUCCCAGUGUGUUUUGUUUCAAUCCGCAGUUGUGGCUGCAAAAAGAUUCUCUGAAAAUGUGUUGUUUUUUUUUUAAACAAAAUGAUGAUAAACCUGUGCUUAAUUUAGUAACACACUGGGACAGAUGCCUUAUCGGGGACAGGCCAGUUCAGGGGUGUGGUAAAUGGGACAUGGAGUCUUUCCCCUCUAGGGGGCACCAGCUCCAAUCCAGCCCCAGGACAGGGAAAGUGGCUGGUUCAGGGGAUUGAGGCAUGGGGUACCGGGCCUUUCUCCUCUUGGGGCGCCGGUUCCGGUUCCAUUCGCUAGUAACCAAAGGCCAUUCCCGCCUACCUGCACCCUAUGAAUCAAACUGAUGGGGAUCCUGGCCCCAACCAUCUACUUUAGGCAACUGUGCGCCCCCUUGCGGGCAGCCUCAGUAGUUAGCAGAGGUCUGAAUUGAGACACAUUAGGGAUGGGGGCUGAGGGAGCAGCUUCGUCUGUCCCCAGAACCCCAGUCUUUGUGUCUCAGCAGGGGGAGAUUUUAACUGGACUUAAAGCUGGAUCUAAAGCCCAUGGGAGUCAGUGGGAAGAUCUCGCUGGGCUUUGGAUCAGUCCUGAGACACUUGUUCUCCAAGACUUGUGUUUUAUGGUUUUCCCUCUUCUGAUGCAGGAGGCUGGGACUGUGCUGGGCUGGGCAUGAAACUGGGAGUCAGGACUCCUGGGUUCUAUUCCUGGCUCUGGGAGGGGACCCCAGCCUUACACCAAUGCCUUAACCAGGAACCUUUAUUUUUAAGUGCUGGGGUUUUUUAAUGUGAUGUUCUUAACCCGAAGCUGAUCAAGUAUUUUUGUAUCUUUGAUUUUUUGUGCGACCUGAGAAAACAAUUUUUUUUUAAAUAAAAAAAGUUCCUGCUUCUUUUA